GCCACAUCAAGGAUUUUUCGUCGCUUGUUGUCGCCGUGUCCAUGGAAAGUUUUUUUUUUUUUUUUUUUUUCCUUCCUGAAAGUUUACGCAGGACUGUUGUUGCGCGCAUCCAACAUGACAGAGAAAGUAACGGACAUCACGGCUGGCAGUGAUUUCCUGCUGUGCUGGUUACUGCAAUGAAUGGUAACACUGUCCAGCAGACCACAAGCACUGCACCAUCCGUAUCACCUCCUUGUGGAUGGAGGGAGUUCUGCGAGUUGCAUGCCAGCACCACGGCCCGAGAACUUGCCCAGCACUACCGGCGCUUCAUCAAAGAGCGGCCGGUACAGGAUGUCGUCCCGCCGGAAAGUUUCUCAAAGCAGUUCAGUGCCCUGUUCCAGCACCACUUCAGCUGUGAGGUGGCUAAAGAUGCAGAACCCGCCUUGCGGCCCCCGCCGCCUCCGCCCUUACUACCAAUGACUGGCCGCUUACGCAUCACUUCCUUCUCAGGGGUGCUGGAUUACCGGGAGACCGUGCGGCCGGGAGUGGCUCCGCUAGUUGCCGUGUUUGCGCCCAAACCAGAUGCCAGCAGCAUCCCUAGGGAACAGGAGCAGUUGCAGCGCUGCUCUCCUACAGACACUACACGCAGAACACGGCCACAUAGCCAGGAAGAUGAACACCCGGAGCAGAGGACCGGGUCGGAGCGAUACACGCCCCCUGCGUUUCCCUUCCCAUCCCGUAGUGAGGUAACCCACAUUUCCUUCAGACGCAUUCGAGAAACAGUAUGCCAAGUCUUUAAGAAAUCUCCGCAACUUGAUGAUUCUUCAAGUGGUUACCCAAGGGACGAUUCAGUCCAGGUGGGCGGACCAUCUGCGACUGUUGAAUGCACCUCUCAAACCCCACCUCAGACUGCGCAGGUACCUGCCCAUCGCACCUCAAAGACGGCUAUGCUGUGGGAACGUUGGAAUCCAUUGCGAACUGUGAGACGGAGGCAAGAGACAGGAAGUGUUUGUAAAGAGGGGCAGCUGCGGUACCUGGAGGUGGAUGACACUAUCUCAGACACACCCCCACAUUGGCUGCGCUGCCGCCUGCAGGUCAGGAGGACCAAUGACCACACAGCUAGUGAGAGGUACCAGCUAGAGCUCUAUGACCCACCCAAGGACUACAAAACGCCAAAGCUUACCGUACACUGUUCAGACAUCAAAGAGAUUCGACGCUGUAAUCGCCUAGAGAUGCCAGACAACAUGAACACAUUUGUCUUAAAGGUUACUGGUCAUCAGGGUAGUUUUAUAUUUGAGGCCGAUAAUGAGCAGCAGGUGAGCUCUUGGACAACAGAGCUCAGAGAAUGUAUCACCAGCAGGUCAGAUAGUGGGGAUGGAGAACCAUUUCCUGUUAGUGACUCGCUAAAUGCAGCUCACAGAGGGAGCACAGAGCCAAGCGGCCAGGGCUCUCUGGGCUUUGGACUCACAGAGCACGCCUACAACAAAACGGAUCACUUCCUGUCCUCUUACCCAUGGUUCCAUGGACCCAUAUCACGAGUGCGGGCUGCCUACCUUGUACAGCAUGCUGGGGUCAGCGGUCAUGGGAACUUCCUGGUGAGACAGAGCGAGACACGGAGAGGAGACUAUGUCCUCACGUUUAACUAUCAGGGCAGAGCAAAGCAUCUGCGUCUAUCUUUAACCGAAUGGGGUCAGUGUCGUGUGCAGCACCUGCGUUUCCCAUCAGUCAUGGACAUGCUGAGUCACUUCCGCAACUGUCCGAUCCCACUGGAAUGCGGCGCCGCGUGUGACGUUAUGUUGGCCAGUUACGUGCGGGUAAACCCCACUCACACAGGUCAGAGUUCGGCUCAUGGCUCUCCGGUGUUGGUGCCCUUCUCUCGCUGGAGCUCAGAGCCGAGUCUGGCUCACUAUAGUCCAGAUAGUUCAUGCCCUCACUCCAGCCCUGCCAUGGCCCAGUCGUGUUUGCCUCCAUCAGCGUUAGCUGCGCUCCCGCGCCGCACACUCCCUUCCCUUCCAGAUCGGCCCGUUCCUGUACCCCUGCGCCGGAGCGAGUCGGUGGGCCGCAGAAACCUGCUCCGACACCCCAACCCGCUGCCGCCCCUACUGCCCAACCGGGACUCUGACUAUGAACUAGAGCCGCUCGACAGGGGGCGCAAGAGAGCGAUCGACAACCAGUACAUGUUCUUCUGACAGAAACGGGAUGAAAAAGCAAACAAAAGAAGCCGCAGAUGAAAGGUGCUCCAGAAUUGCCGCCCGGAUGGAGAGCAUUCGGCAGACAAACAGAGAAAAGAGUUGUGCACGAGACUCGGGGUAACCGUGCGAUGCACAUGUGUCUGAACGAUACUGCCAGAGCCCUGACACCUAACCAUGACAGCUGUCUACCUUGUGAAUGUAUUAUACAGGUGUUUCACUAUCAAAUCUGUGUGUAUUGUAGAACAACUAAAGUAGAAAGGAGAAGCAGACAGCUGCUCAUGGGGAUACAGAGGAUUUGUUGGAGAUAUUGGAAUGGGAAAGUUUCACAAUGGCUAGUCAGUAAGUUGAACACAAACCAAGGGUCUAUUCAAACACGUCUGUGUCUACACUGGAAGUGGCCGACAUUGCGACAACUUGAGGUCGUCUACACUGGAAGCGUUCACAGACCAUUCAGCUGCAGGCUUGAGACUAGGCUUAAGCGAUUAGUAAAAUGACAAUAAAAUCAGCUGAAAAAAAAUAAUUAUUUUCAACAGAGAUCCUCUUAUAAAAAUGAUUUUGCGUGUGAUAAUAUUAUACUUAAUUUUACAUAUUUUAGUAUUCUUACAACUGCAGAUGCAUAUGGUUAAAUAAAAAAUGAUUCAAAUUAGUACAUCAGACCAGAAACAUCUAGAGAUGGCUUUGAUAUAUAACGGUCAGAAGUUAUUUUAACAUGUAAAGAAUACAAUUUAUAGAUUUUAAAUGAAAUCACAUCAUUUUAGAUGUGGCUGGAGUAGUCAGAAAUAGAAAUGGAGAAACGGGGCAUCUGGAUCAAGUGCUUACAGUGUAGACAGCUCUGUUCAUUUUAACCGGAGCGAUUUAGUUUUGUCGUGUUGCCACGUGCUGCAGCACUUGUCCGAUGUAGAUACUGUGUUAAACGUCUAAAAGAUCCAAAUAGUUUAGUCUGGCUACACGCAUACACACACACACGCACGCGCACACACACACACACACACUUUCAGAUCGUUUAAUUCAUGUUCAGUUGUAGUAAUACACAGGUUUCUAUAUGUUUCGUGUAUUAGAAGACUAAAUAAUAUAGACCACAGAAGCACAUUUUGGUCGCAUUACAGAGGCCUAGAUGUAGUACGUCUCUCAACACCGUGAGCCAUGUCAUCCUGGAUUCUAGAGGUUUACAAUUUAACUGACCAAAGAGUAAAAUUAACCAAACCAAUCCAGCAAUAACUAGAAUUAUGGGCAAUACGUUUUUUCAAGCCUAAAUUGUCAUAUUUUAUAAAUUAAUUUGUUUUAACCUGUGAAUUCAUUCUUUCUAUCUGUUGUAACACAUUUUAACCCUCAUCUGUUUCAUGGCUUCAUAAGCUGUGGAAAUACUACUUUUAAACUAACAGCUACCAAAUCUGACACCAUAAAUAGAUUUUAAGCUAUUUGUCUGUCUUUUUUUAGUAAAUGCAUUACAAAAAAACAAAACAAAUAACAAAAAAAACAAAAAAAACAUUGCUCGACGUUUUCUGAGCUCGUUCUCCUUUGUGUCUCUUUGAAUCAUUGUGAAUGUCUUUCUUUGUGGCUUAACACUACCACAGUAGUCAAAUCUGUAGUGCAGAUA